AUGCGUCAAAAAUGUAGCAAUAUGUUACUCGGUAUAACAUGUGCUAUGUGCAUAUGUAUUGCAUUGUUGGUAUUUAUUGUCGCUCUGAUAUACUUGAGUAUUUUCGUCAUCAUUGGACAGUCGGAGCAAACUGUUACUGGCUGCUCUAGGAUGGAUCAAAUCCGAGGAAUGAAAUGUGCGCCGAAAAUCGAAGAACUUUCCUUGAAUUUUGAAAAGCUCGACCAAGGAUACUCUAACCCGGACCGCUUCAAAAAUAUUUCUGAAACUUGUGUAUUUGCUUUGGAAUGCAUCGAGCCCAUCAAAUGCAAGACGAUAAGUCUCGAAUACAAGUUUGUGAAGUUGUCAUGUGCAGUUUUCGAUCAAGCCGCGAAUAAGUAUAAUGGUUGUUUGAAAAAGCUUCAAAACCGAUUUUACCUUGGUUACGCUCCAUGUCUCCGUCCACUUCUCAGCACAGAAGAACUCGAGAAUUUCGAGGUGUGCAAAAUGUACGAGAUGUAUCGGGAUUGUCUGCGAGUUGAAGUCAAAGAAAAUUGCGGUUCCGAGAUGAUGGUUCAGGAUUUGAUCGGGGAUAUCAUGGAGCUGCAUGAAUGCUUUUAA